AGACGGAUCUCGCUCCAAGAGUCACUCCUGCGGCACGGGACCAAUGAUCUAGAAUAAUCUAGAUCAAGGAGAGAAGCCCUUUGCACGACUAGUACUUACUCACACGAGAACCGAAGGUCCUUUUCUUCUGACGGAAGUUGAACGGAUCCACUGUCAAAGAGAGACAAGGAAGGAAAAGUGCGCUCAAGAUUUGGGUGCCGUGAAGGUGCUAACUUCGGGGAAAAGGGAGAGCCCCUCUUGGAGAGCGAACGAUGAUCUUGAUUUUCAUUGCUUCGCUUUUGAGCGGAGUGUUCAUCACAUCCCUUCUCAUGCAUCGAAAAUCCAAAGACGCCUUCCGUGGUAAACACAUGAUCAUUUCGGGCGGAUCGUCUGGAAUCGGACUAGAGCUCGCCCGUUUAGCCGCCAAGGACGGUGCGAAGGUCACGAUCAUCGCGAGGAAUGAGGACAGACUGAAAGAUGCGCAACACAAAGUCGCGGUCGACACUGACCAUAAGUUUCACUAUGUCUCCGUAGAUCUCUCGUCCAGUAUAUCGUCGAUACAGGAGAAACUCAGACCAGCUCUGGAGGAGCAUGGAGACGUCGACAUCUUGGUCAACUGCGCGGGCAGCGCGGUGUCCCGCUACAUUGAAGAGACAACGGAAGAAAUGUUCCAUCAGAUGAUGGAUGUAAACUUCUUCAGCGCCGUUAAUUUGACCAAGGCUCUGCUCAAGAGUCUCGAAAACCGCUGUAAGGAAACGGGAUCAGCAUCAGUUGUCUUCACCUCCUCUGUGGCUGGUCUGAUGGGGAUAUUUGGCUAUAGCGCGUAUUCACCCUCGAAGUUCGCUCUGGUUGGAUUCGCCCAAACAUUGAAAGCUGAGAAAGAACACUUAGGCCUGCACGUUAUGGUAGCCUUCCCGCCAGAUACCGAUACCGCUGGGUUCGCGAACGAGAAUUUGGGGAAACCCGAAGAAACUGUGGCGAUAUCUCAGAUGGGCGGACUACACAAACCGAAAGCUGUGGCUGGCGGAAUUUUGAACGACAUAUCGAAAAAGAGAAUCUGCUCUUCUUUCGGUCUCGACGGCCAAUUCAUAUGUACUGCCGCCUCAGGUUUGUGGCCCGCAGGAUCCAUAUGGAGACUAACAUCGGAAGUUGCCCUGAUCGCGCCAGCGAGGUUAUUGGGAGCAUAUCUUCACUGGGCCUUCGCGAGAUGCGCUUCGCAUGCAAGGAACACCAAGGAGAGUUGAUUGCGCUCAACUGGAUCGGGCGACUCAAUCCUCCAGAGUCGAUGAAGAUCUGUCCAGCGCCUCAUUUUCUUAGUCCCUCCUGACAAGAGCAGCGUCAU